GUUUGUUGUUGUUCUUUUGUUUGAUCGAUCGAUUUUUGUAAACAAAGCAUAAUAUACAAACCCAAUUAAAAACAUAUUGAUCGUCUACUUCGACCUCGUUGGUAAAAGUUAUUAUAUUCGUUUAUCAGUCAUUAUUAAAUCCGCAUCUUUCAUUCUGUUUUUAGAGAUACCUAGUAAUUUAGCUACACAAGUCAUGGCCACUACUGUUGCUGCACAAAAGAAAACUGUAAGUUCCAAUAAUGCACCAACGGGCGGUGUCCGAAAAAAAUCGGGCCCUAAGUUCGAAUUGUCUGAGGAACAAAGAAGAGAUAUAAAAGAGGCGUUUGAUUUGUUCGACACUGAAAAUACUGGUAAAAUCGAUACUAAGGAGCUUAAGGUGGCUAUUAGAGCCCUUGGUUUUGAACCUAAAAAAGAAGAAAUCAAAAAAAUGAUUGCUGAAAUAGACAAGGGUGAUGGAAAAGUAUCAUUCCAAGAUUUCCUUGAAUUAAUGACUGUGAAAAUGGCUGAAAAAGAUACUAAGGAAGAAAUUAUGAAGGCAUUUAAACUCUUUGAUGAUGACGAAACUGGGAAAAUUUCAUUUAAAAAUCUGAAACGAGUAGCUAAAGAACUUGGUGAAAAUUUAACAGAUGAAGAACUCCAUGAAAUGAUUGAUGAAGCUGACAGAGAUGGCGAUGGAGAAAUAAAUCAAGAAGAAUUCUUACGUAUAAUGAAAAAAACAAGUCUCUAUUAAAAUUUAGGAAUCACAGUAAAAUGCAUUAUACAUAUAAUACAAUACACAUAAAAUAUGUCAUGAGUGUUUAGUUUUUUGAUUUCAAUAUUUUAUGCUAAGUUAUGACAAAAAUGUUGAACGGCUUAUUUUCCAAAGUAUCAACGAAAUAGUAAAUAAAGAAUUUAAGUUUAGGUGUAUUUAAUUAUACUUGAAAAAUAUAAAGAUUGAUCAUAAUUUUUUUUUACUAAUUAUAGGAAAACUGUGUAAUACAUUCUUAUUAUUUAUUUGAUUGUGUGUUUGUUAGUUGCAAAUUUAUAGUAUUUAAGUAAGUUCAGCACAAAACCAAAAUAUUAUAUUUGUUAAGUUUUCUCCCACCUAUUGAAAUGUCAUGAUUGUAGAUGUUAGGUAGUUUUGACUGUGUUAUUUAUAUUAAAUGUUCUGUACCCAUAGUUUCUAGUAUUUGUGAAAAGUAAUUUAAUAAAAGCUAGCCAAAGAUAUACACUCCAGGUCCAUAUGCCUAAAAUUCUGCCAAUAUAAAUUAUUAAAAGAUUUCUUGUUCAUGAUUGCCAAUAUUUAUUACUUAAAUUAUCAUAAUCAUAUGCACAGCAUGAAUAACAUACAAAUUAGAAAAAAAACAUGUUUAUGUACAUGUAGACUCAAAAAAUGUUGUAUUUAUGGAAUGUUCCAUAAAUGAAAAGUUGCUAAAGAGUUUUAAGAACUAGGGGCACUUUUGAAUCAAAGACAUUAAAGUAUUAUAAUUUGGUUUUCCAACUGAAUUGUGUAAAUGUAGACAAAAGGUAAUUUAUGUGGCACAUAAAAUUUGUCUCAAAGUAGGCUUUCAAAAUACACAUUUGAUUAUUACCAUCUGUAACAUAUUGAUCACAUAACUAGUAUCUAUAAAUUUAAAUGAGAUCUUUUCACAUUUUUGAAUAAUUCAAAAUACCUAAUUGUAAAGCAUACCUAUAAUAAAAUUUAUGGCACUAG